AUGAAAUUCGCUCACAUAUUACCGGUUCUUAGACUGGUAGGCUCGGCUACCGCGUGCAAUCAUCACCAUGAUGGUGGGGAAUGGACAAAGGAGGAACUUGAUCAAUUGGAAGCCAAAUGGGGCUUUGAGUGGGCGUUCGGGGGCAUUGGGACCUUUGCUCAUCUAAACUACGUUAAAUGUCUUACUGAACCUACUGAGACAUUCGACAUAGCAAUCCUUGGUGCACCAUUCGACACGGCCGUAACAUAUCGGCCCGGGGCACGCUUUGGUCCACGGGCCAUCCGACAUGCGUCAGGUCGCCAGCAUUCUCUGCGAGGAUUCAACCCUCGCGCCAAUAUGAACCCAUACCAAAAUUGGGCCAAAAUCAUUGACUGCGGUGACAUUCCAAUCACUCCUAUUGAUAACAACAUCGCUCAAGAGCAGAUGACUCAGGCUUUGAAAGAACUUGGCAAGAGGAAAACUGUUUCUCCCCUAGCCGCAAAGCCAAAGAUCAUUACCUUAGGUGGGGAUCAUAGCCUUACACUUCCCGCUCUACGAGCGCUAAAUGAGAUCUACGGGAAGACGAUCCAGGUGCUACAUUUCGAUGCUCAUCUUGAUACAUGGAACCCGAACGCGUAUCCCUCGUACUGGGGAGCAACACCUUUCAACCACGGCUCCAUGUUCUGGCUAGCAAAUCAGGAAGGACUUGUCUCAAAUUCAUCUUCCGAACCAUCCGUUCAUGCCGGCCUGCGCACUCGUCUUACCGGUCUGGUCGAUUUCGAGGAUGAUACUGCUCAAAAUUGGAAAUGCUUCUCCUCUGACGACGUUGACACCCUCGGAACCCAGGGCAUUAUUGACGGCAUAAUGAAAAUACUCGGGACCAAGAAUCCCGUCUACCUAUCUGUGGAUAUUGACGUGCUCGACCCUGCCUUUGCACCUGGUACCGGCACGCCUGAGCCAGGCGGCUGGACAACCCGAGAAUUCAUCAAGAUCCUGAGAGGUAUCGAAGGAUUGAACCUCGUCGGCGCCGAUGUCGUUGAGGUUGCACCUGCCUAUCAGGGUAACGGAGAAGAGACGGCCUUUGCGGCUGCACAAGUUGUUUAUGAGAUGAUAACUUCGAUGGUGAAACGGACUAUGGAUGAUAUGGGAAAGGAGUCCAAGAGCACGAAGGAUGAGCUGUGA